ACGAAAGGCACAGGAUUUACCUUCAAAACACGAGAGUUCGCAAACACAGUGAUCUAACAGUAAGGAGUGUCAGAACUUUCUCGCUCAGCACUGACUGAACUUAGACGCUUUCAACGAUGAAAUCAUCGUUCUACUAUUGUUUAUGACUUCGGAUACAGCCAUGACAUAAUUUAGCCUCGGUUUGGCUAAUUUUGGACGAGUUGAAGUCAAUUGAGUUAGCAUCUUGCGUCGUUCCUCUCCAAAAUGGCGUCUGCAAAAGUUGCUAAUCUCAAGCGUCAUGGGUCGUCUAUGAAAAAAGACAGCCCCCUUGGCGAAAAUGAAGAUGACAAACCUGCACCGACAUUGGAAGACUUGGAUUUACUGAAAACUAUAGGCACAGGUACGUUCGGACGUGUUAUCCAGGUACGACAGAAGGGAACGAAGCAAUACUUGGCUCUCAAGGUGAUGGCCAUGGCGGAGAUCAUUCGCCUCAAACAGGCCGAUCACAUCAAGAGUGAGAAGGAGAUAUUGUCACAGAGCCACCAUCCAUUUAUUGUGAAUAUGUUGUGGGCGUGUCACGACGAGAAAUUCCUGUACAUGUUGAUGGAGUAUGUUCCAGGAGGAGAACUAUUUUCUUAUCUACGCACACAUGGGUUUUUCAAAAACUCGGAUGCAAACUUUUAUGCGUGUGAAAUUGUAUCUGCAUUGGACUACCUUCAUUCCCAGCAAAUUGUGUACAGAGACUUAAAACCGGAAAACCUGUUGUUAGACACAGAGGGACACAUGAAAAUAACAGACUUUGGUUUUGCUAAGAAGGUGAUAGACAGGACAUGGACACUGUGUGGCACUCCGGAGUAUUUGGCGCCGGAGAUUAUCCAGAGUAAGGGCCACAACAAGGCCGUGGACUGGUGGUCGCUAGGGGUACUCAUAUAUGAAAUGUUGGUCGGAUUCCCUCCAUUCUAUGAUGAAAAUCCAUUUGGAAUCUACCAGAAAAUCCUUGCAGGGAAGAUAGAGUGGUCCAAAGCACUGGAUCCUGUUGCCAAAGAUCUCAUUAAGAAGCUUCUUGUUCAUGAUAGGACAAGGAGGCUGGGGAAUAUGAAGUUUGGAGCAGAGGAUGUGAAGAGACACCGGUGGUUCAAGGGCAUCAACUGGGACGACGUCUUCAACCGAAAACUCAAGCCCCCAAUUGUUCCAAAGCUUGCCUACUCAGGGGAUACAACAAAUUUUGAUGACUAUUCCGAUGACAACUGGCAGGAUGCUGCAGCAGUUGAUCAAGAAACGAAGGACAUCUUCGCCGACUUUUAGUCCUUCAUCAGUGGCAUGGCCUUGUCAUCUUGCUCAAGUGUCGAGCGUUGUCACCUGGUAUGCUGGUGUGAACAUUGUCUGUCAUUUGCCAAGGUCUCCAUCAAUGUUGGGCAUUUUAUUUCAUUAGGUGAUGAAAUGAAGGUAUAACUUUUCAUAUCUUCCAGUACAGUCUUUCACAAUGUUUGGCAUGAACCAGAACUACAGCAAAGACUUUCCUUAUUGUUCACAGAGCCAUGCCAUCCUGCCUCUCUCUGCAGAACAAUGUAUUUGUGAGGAACAUUCUGCCCGUCCCGGACCAGGGAAUGUCAUGUGACCAAUAUUUUACGAAACCACCAUCAAUAAACUGUCAAAGAUUUCUCUGUGAUAGACAGCAAAUUUUGGAAGUCAAGUGAUAAGUACACAUGCCGGAGUCUUUGAGUUUCUGAGCCUCUGUUUAGAUGCUGGGCGGCAACAAGACACGUCAUUUUAAUGGUUGGCUUGUUGCCAUGGUAACAUGUCUUAUAUUAUUGGGAGUGUGAUCAGUAAAACUGUUUGAUCAUUUUGAUGGUUUUAUUAUCAAGAAAUUGCUUUUAAGAUCAACCUGCUACAAGUACAGUGACACAUAUCCGGAGUAAGUCCUGCCAUUCCAUGACUGUUGGAGAGGGUGACAAGUACUAUUGUUAUUGUGGGCUGCUGGGCAGGCACAGCCUAACUGACAGAGAGGAGUUCUCCUUUAAGGCAUGAAUGCUGUUAGCAUGCCCAUCUAACAAGUAAAGCAGACCACCACACCCCCCCAGACAACUGUCAGUGAUGUGGGUCGGGGAUGAUAUCACAAACUAGAUGUACAGAUAUUUUCUUUCAUGUUAAGAAUAUAUAUAUGGGUUGUUUUCUUUGUUUUGUUGAUUUCAACUAACUCUUCUGCAUUGACAAAUUUGUUCAAGAUUUGAGAUUUAAAGUUUCUCCUACUUUCAUCAAGUAUUCUUAUGGGGCCAGCUAUUACAGCAGAGAUUUAUUUUGGUAUUAUCAGAGGCCAAUAUUCGGACCCCAAUCUGCAGCAACUGUUGUUCAAAAUUGGAAAAAACAUGAUCCCAAUGAAGGGUAUAUUAUGUUAUAGCUUUGUUUAUUACCCAUCAGUGAAGAUAUCACACACUAAUAACAAUACCCGUUUAUUAAACUAUGUUUAAUAACAUCACUCGCCGAUGGGACUAUUUCGGGCAUCGGCUAGCACUGUGCAAAGUCUACUAUGGUUGAUUAUGUCAAGCCUGUGAGAUAUGCAGUUGUCUAUUGCAGGACUUGUGAACAAAUAUGUUUGAAGUGGAGAUAGUAUAUGGACUAUCACUUUGCAUUGUAGUGCAAGAAUCAUGACAUUAUUAAGGGUCAGAUCAUCACUAAUAUACAAAAUUUAUGUCGAAAGAUCGUCACAUUGCAGUGAAUGCACUCUUUACCGGUAAUACAUCUGAUAUUAAGAAUAUAAGAACUGGACAAAAAAGGGUUUCACAGUUUUUUUGAUACUGGAGGCCAUUUCUGGAUAUGAAAGACUGAUAUUUUUUUUGUAAAUGUUAUAUCAAAUAUCAUUCAACAUUUUACUUAAAAACAUACUCAGAUACGUCAGUUUGGCCGUUCUCAAAUCAAGACAGUUUGUCAGAACAGCAUUUCUAGGACACUGUUUUACUCACUGUCAUUUACAAAAUGUAUAUUUUUGUGUUGUGUAGGUCAUGGGAGAACUUUUGUUCCUCUAGAUUGACGAGUGAAUGAGUGAAAUGAUCAAGGUUUGAUAAGGUUGUGGUGUGUGUUCAUACUCGUCUUCCAAAGGUUGUGCUAUUUAUGUGGUAAAUAUUAAUCAAGUUAUUUUAAAAGCUUGAUAUCUUAUUAUGUUUGGUAGAGUCAGAAAAGUAUUUCUUUCUUUUUGUGUCUACUGAAGAAUAUUAUGUUUUAAAUAAAUUGCAAGUGAUUCCGUGUCAUUUGAUUGGCGAACAAAGCAAUUUUUUUUAUAUCUUUAUAUUACCAUAAAUCCCACGAAAUUAAGACCACACCCACCAAUGGACUACUGUUUCCUGAUAGUCUUAUUCUAGAAUGGGUGCUGAUGUAUGUCACUGAUUUCAUAUUGUGUACAUUUGUUUGUGUUAAUGAUCAAAUAAGCAGCCUGAAGUUGUUGAUGUGUUUUUUUUAUGAGAAAUGACUUUGAUAUGUUGUUGCGCUUAUGGAGUUAUAAACAUAAAAACUAGUGUGCUAAAUUAAUUUAUGCAAAGUGUGCAAUCUGUUCUUUACAUUUGUACCUCCAUAAACACAAAAAAAUAUUGAAGUCAGUUCUAAAAAAAAUUAAACUUAAAAUUUCUUUUUAGAACUGACUUCAAUAUUUUUAUAUUGAAGUCAGUUCUAAAAAAACUUUUAAGUUUAAGUUUUUAGGAUUUGUAUACAAAUGUGCAAGGGAUUACCGAUGUGGCAUUUGUACAUUGAUAUUUCUUACUUCACACUGUUAAUGAAAGUUAAAAACCCUGGAGACUGGUUUCCAGAAAGCAUUGGUGCAUAUUGAUCCCUACCCUACAAGAUGGUAUUAUGAGGUCCUGCAACAGUACGAUACAUGUAUGUUGGAGGAAGCUUUGAUUUGCUGACAUUAUGUACCGAAUUUCCGCAAUCAAAUCAUGUAUGAAAAUUGGCAACAUUUCUGGUUGAGUAAGGUAUCUGCUACCAUAGCCCCGUGGGAAUCCCAGGUUAGGACUGGUCCCCAGCAAUCUAUGCUUGUCCUACGAGGCGACUUAGUGGAUCGGUCAGGCUGACUGAUGUUUUUGCUUGCUUGUCAACGUAUCCUGACAGUGGGGAUCAUUACUCUAGUAUCUGUCACCAUGGUCACUGGCUGCCUUGACAUGAAAGAAUAAGCUUGUCAGCUAACUCCAUUAUUGAGGUAUACUGUCAUAUAUAUAGAAUAAUGCUGGGUGCAGUGUUAAACUUACAAAUAAAAUAUUGUGAUGUUAGUAUGAAGAUACAACAUCACAGCUGUUUCAUUUCAGCGCAAAAAUCGCAAAAUGAACUGAUUGGUUGGCCAAUCAAGUACUCUGAGCUAAAACAUUAGUUCUCAGUUUAUAGUCCAGUGUUUGACAAGGUGGGCUGGGGCGGGGUGCACACUGAAAAUCAUAAUGAAAAAAACACACAAAAAACAUGACAGAGAGACUGACAUAGGUAGAAACAAAAGGUGGGGAGGCAGUGCACACUCUGCACCUACCUGAGACUCCACCUGAGACUCCACCUGAGACUCCACCUGUCAAUACUGUACUAAACUGCAGGGAUUAGGCAGAGGAUGUUCUCAGCAUCAUGCUUGAUGCAGGUCACCAACAGUCUUUUCCUUGAUCCAGGCUGCAGUGAGAUGCUGAAAGAAACCCAGUUGCUGAUUGGACAGCACAUGUGUCUUACUCAUAGUCCACACUGUCCAAUGAAGAUAUUAAUGUAUAUUUACCAGGGUAUAUCAAUUUAUUUCCCUUUGUUCGUCAACUGGAUAUCCAGUUACAAAAUAGGUCAGAGACAUUUUAUUAUCCUGAGAGACAAGUGUGACAUGACAUUAGACACAAUUAUCGUGUCAAUUAGGAAGAUUUCUUAGUUCAGUUAACAUGAGUGUUAUACCUAAUCUCUCUGAUUUAUUGUUAAUAAAUUAGGUCUGAAAAUAUUCAUGUUUUGAUUCCUAGCUUUUCCUGGUCAUUAUUGAUGAUAUGGAAAAAGCACAAAAUUGUUGUCAGGGUAUGUUUGAGGUCAAUAUUAAUGAAAUCCAUAUAAAACCAAAACCAAAACAAUAAAAUUUUCAAAAUAAAUGCAUCAUUUUCUAUUUUUCACUUUUGUAAAAUAAUUGGGUCAUCUGUAAGCUAAAGAAAAUGGUCUUGGGUUAAUUAUAGAAAAAUUAACAAACCUUUGUUUUUUAACAAAUGAACAUAAUUAUGUUGUGUUAGUUUCUGCUAUGUUAUGUUAGGAUCCCCAAUGAUGGUGUAGACUUUUGAAUUUGUGUUACGUAGGUUAAUUAGAAACUGUCAUUGCUUUCAUUUUACUGACAGUGAUUUUGUAUAGUCAUUGUUCAUUUCAACACGUUUUACAUGAAGUAAUCAAAAUCCCAUCACAGGCACAUUUACAGUGCCUUCCUUACCUCAAUCAACCCAGAGCAGGGCUGACUAUUCCAUGUGGCACUGAGUUAUCUCCCCUUGAAUACAGUUUCGGGUGAGGUGAGGUGUAAUUGGGUUUAACGUCACGUCCAUGAUUAUUGCACUUAUAUAGCGAAGUGCAUGCACGUGUGUGUUAGGCUGCUUGUACUA